UGACGGUACAUUAGAAUUUAGAAGUACCGUAAAAUCAAAAUCUGGGUCUGAACUCUGAACUGAUGAUACUCUGUGCGUUCUGCCAGCGAAAUUUCUGAGUCUUUGACAAUUAGAGAUAAAAUGAUGAAAUUUGUGAUAUUAACUUCUCGAUUCCUACGAUAUUCUGCUGCUUCAGCUCAUACUUGUGAUCUUGCAUCCUUCUCUGUUAUUGCAGUUUCUCACUUCUCCACUAAACCUAACCCUAAUAUUCCCUGUAAACCCAAACCCCAUUUCCCCUAUUCCUCUGAUUCAGCUCAUGCUCGACUUCAACAUUUACUCCUUGAGAAGUCUAAGGUCGGUUUCGAUAAACUCGAUGAUGCUCUUCAACUGUUUGAUAAAAUGCUCCUUAUGAAACCUCUGCUUCCUGUUAUUAAAUUUAACCAACUCUUAGCUGCUGUUGUUAAGAUGAGAGACUACACUGUAGCUGUCUGCCUGUCUCCGUUUUUAGAAAGAUGCGUGUAGAAAGCAUCCCUGUUGAUAUAAUUACCUUUAAUACUCUCAUUAAUUGCUUUUGUCACUUGCAUCGUGUCGAUUUUGCCUUUUCAUUGUUGGCUGGAAUCAUCAAGCACGGUUCUGUCCCUGAUGUGUUUACCUAUAACACUCUCAUUAGGGGCCUUAUUUCCCAAGAUAUGCCUCAUGAGGCUCAGCUUUUGUUCCAGAAACUCAUCAGAUUUCAACUUAUUCAACCCGAUGUUGUUACCUAUAACACUAUCAUUGAAGGCAUCUGCAAGAAAGGGAAUCCUUCUGUGGCAGUCAAGUUCUUCAAAAAUAUGGCGAAGAAAGGUUGCAAGCCUGAUACCAUAACUUACAGCACAAUUAUUGACUGUUUAUGUAAACAUAGAUUAGUCGAUCAAGCAUUGGGUCUUCUCCACCAAAUGACAAGGAAAGGAAUAUCUCCAAAUGUUGUAACCUAUAGCUCAUUAAUUCAAGGGUUGGUUGACUUUAAUCGAUGGCAUGAUGUCCGUCAAUUGCGUAAUGAGAUGGAUGUUAGGAACAUCUCUCCAAAUGUUUAUACUUUCAACAUAUUUGUUGAUGCAUAUGGCAAAGAAGGAAUGAUUGAAGAUGCAGAGGAUGUGAUAGAGUUGAUGAUUCAAAGAAGAGUUUAUCCUGAUGUAAUCACUUACAAUUCACUCAUGGAUGGAUACUGCUUGCUUGGAGAGGUUGAUAAAGCUUUAGCAGUGUUCGAAAGCAUGAAGAGAAAGGGAAUAUUGCCUGAUACUCGUAGCUACAAUAUCCUCAUCAACGGUUAUUGUAAAAAGCUGAAAGUGGACAGAGCCAUAGAUCUUUUUCAACAAAUGCCCGAUGAUGGUUUAACCCCAACUAUUGAGACUUACAAUACUAUACUGCAAGGAUUUUUUUAUGCGGGUAGACAUGUUGAAGCACGGAAAUUUUUUAAAGAAAAGAUGUUUAACGAAGGUGUUGAGUUCGAUAAGGUGACAUGCCGUAUCUUGUUGCGUGGUCUUUGCCAGAACAGUUAUGUUGUUGAAGCACUAUCCUUUUUUCAAAUACUGGAAUCCAGGGGGUUGGUUCCUGAUAUACAUGUUUACAGUAUUCUGAUUGAUGGACUAAGCAAAAAUGGAGAUCUUGAGAAAGCAAGAAGCCUUUUUGACAACCUUCCUUUGAAAGGUUUGCGGCCUAACGCCAAGACAUACACAAUGAUGAUCCAAGCAUAUUGUCAUGAGGGGUUAUUCGAGGAAGCGAAUGAACUAUUCUGGGAAAUGGAAGCAAAUGAUUGCUUGCCAACUGAUGUAACCUACAACAUACUAAUCCGAGGCUGUUUACGCAAUAAGAAGUACUAUGAAGCAGGUGUACUUCUGGAUGAAAUGUGUAGUCACGGCUUUGAAUCAGAUGCAUCUACCGCAUCUGCUUUACUGGAUUUACUUGAUGUGCAAGAACAGGAUCCUGCUCUCCUUGCUUUGCACAAGAAGUACUUGCCGUAGGUGUAACAAAGGAGAGUGGGCUUCUCAGCAGAUGCAUCUACAACAUCCUUGUUCCUGGGAUUACUUGAAUCAAAAGAACAGGAUCCUGCUCUUCUUGCUUUGUGUAAGAAGUUCUUGAAAUAGUUACUUCGUCUAUUCCAAUCCGGACUGUAAUGGCUCAAUGACGCGCUUCUUUUGUUAAGUUAAAAUCUCCAAAUGAGACCUCUAUUUUCUGUUGCGAUAUUCAAAAAAAAAGCUACACUUCUAGAGAUUGGUCGGAAAUGGUCAAUUGCAGGAGUUGACACAAAAUUACCAUAUCUGUAAAAUGCUCAACGUUAGGGAAAUGCCAGGACUAACAGGAGGAAAGUAGCUUUAGUACUAACAUUACUUAAGGUUUGUACGAAUGCAAGACAAAAAUAGAGUAAUAUAAAAUGUAGGAAAUUGGAUAAUCAAAAAAAGGUCUAGGAUAGAUAUUGAUCGGAACAUUCUUUAGAUAAAUAGCAGGAUAUAUGUGUUAAUAGGGUUAUCACUUCUGGGAGGCCUACUGUUCUAUCAAUAAGGAAUGAGAGUUUCUUCACUGACCAGUUAUCCAGGCUAUUGAUAUAUUUGUGAAUGGUGUUGAAUUCUAUCUAUUCCACUAAGUCAUUAUAAACUGUAUCAUAUAUGCCAUUAUUAUUAAUAAUAAGAGACAGUAAGACAAUAAUUAAUAAUGCUGUAAAUAAUCUAUACUCCCUCCGUCCCGGUGAAUUAUAUAUGUUUAGGAGAGAGUGCUCGGCACGUAUUUCAAGGCUCUUAUAAAAUAUACUUCCAUAUAUUAUUUUAAUUUUUUGUUCUCCUGAAUAAAGAUACAAUGUUAAAAUUUUUAUUUUAGGAGCAAUUUUUUUUAAAAAUAAGUUACAGAACUAUACUUUAUAUAAGUCUUAAAAUGCGUGUCAAGCAAUGGAAGAAAACUGUAUAGAAAUGAGUGGGACGGAGGGAGUAUUAUUUAUGUGGUAUUGAGUUUAUUUUAAUGUCAAAUAUAUUGAUUUUUGUAUUUGAGCACCAAACUGGUGCCACCCACUAUGGCAUUCACAUUUCUGACAUGGAUUACCAUAUGGAAAACUGGUUGGUCAGGUUCCUCUGUCGCAUGGUAUCUGUCAACACAAAGUACAACAACUUCAUGAGCAUUGAUAUGAUAAUCAUCGAUCAAAAGGAUUAAAAGGUACGCAUUUAGGUUCUGUUACAAUCUUACAAAAAUUAAAGUUAGUCCUUUGGUGUCCUGAUUAGAGCUUAAAAUGCAAAAAGUUCAGCAAUAUAGGGAGAUGCUUUUGGUAAAAUAUUGAUUUUUUACUUUCUGGGCUGUUGCAAUCAUUGGUACUGGAUCAAUUACUCUAGUUUAUAUUCAUAUACGUGCAAGUCAUGAUUUUGCACUUCUACAAUGUCACAAAACUUCGAAGACCUUAGCUUCUUUUUAUACAAAUCUAAAGAAAUGUUAUCGGGGUCUCUAAAGUCACAUUGAAUCCCACUCAAGGUCUGGAUUAUCUCAUGCCACAAAAUGAUGAAAUACCAGCGUAAAUGAAAAACACUUCUUCUGGCAGCCUAAUUGAGCUACACCAAUUGAGCUUACUGUAGCAACUUGACUAUAUUGUUAAAAAUCUUGCAAUAUGCUUGUCCAUUUUCAUGUAGGUUUUGGACAAUUUGGAUGCCAUGUUUAAUCGUGGAUUUGCUCCUAAUUUUCACAAAUUCCUUGACCCCUUAACAGAGCGUGCAUACUCCUUAUCAGAAGGAGAACCUUCCAUUGCAAUCUUAAGAUUGAUUUCCCCAUCAUGAUCGAAAAACAUAGUGAAUAAAUUCUUCGAAAAUCCACUGAGCAUAGCUACUCCAGUUUGUUUUGCUAUCACCGGUGUGGCAUACGAGCCACUGAUAUUCCAAAACAAAAUUUCAGGAACUUUAUACCCAUUUUUUUUAUAAAAAAAUCCGAAUGGCCCGGUAAUCGGUCUCCCAUUUGUUCUGUGAUGUUUUAAUUACUGUAACAUUGACGCAGAUUUGCUAAUUCUUUCUUUCAAACCCUUAUUACUUCAUUUUUACUAUCCAAUGAAAGUUAGUACUAAAAAAUAAAAAUACCUUCUGAUUAGUGUGUGGUCUAAUUUUUUUUCGUAAAUAUAAACUACCAUAUAUUGAUUUGAUUAUGUGUUUUGCUCAUUACUAGAUUAUCAUGAAACAAGACAAGCAUAUUUGAACAAAUUUUUAAGCUAUUUGGUAAAUGUAUCACUUGGUUGAUAAAAUCUAUACAAUCUACAUCUGUUUAAUUUUUUUGGUAUAUAUUUCAGUGUUUUAUCAGUAAUUAUCUUUCUUUAAGUAGCCAGGCAGCUUUAGCAAUUUUUCGGAAACUUUAGUUUUGAGUUUAUCAAUUAUCCAGGAUAUUACAUAUUUCUUAGCCUACUUGCUAUUGAUCUAACUUGAACCUUAUAUCACCUGUUACUGGUGGUAGCUACAGCAACAACCUACACCUGUCUUCAAAGAUAUGGAAUCCAGACAACUCAGUUGAAAUGCUGAUGUAAUUUAAACUCUCUCCUUAUAUAUUCUGAUACAAUUAAAGGUUGUUUACAUCUUUGGAAAAUAAAUGUACAAGUUAUUUGACUAAUAUUCUAAUAAGGUAUGGUUUCAGGCUUUUGAGGAAUUUAAGUAAUUAUGUACUGUUUUUUUAUUAACAAACAUAUACACAUGCACAUUUGAGUAAAUAUAAUGGUAUAUAUACAUAGGUAUUUAUCAACAAUUGGCCUACCCAUGGACCAGUUUUUCAGAAUAUAUAGAUAUUAUAGAUAUAAUUUUAAGAUAAUUAGAAAUGUGUGUAGUAAAAACUUAUACCCACUCACUAUUUACUAACCGAAAUAGUAGUAAAAUUAAUAGUGAAUUUGUAUGUAUGAGGUACUCGUCUCAUCUCAUUUCUUAAUGUGCUGAUACAAGAAAACUUGAACAUAAAUUUUGUCUGACCAAUAUAAAAUCGAUAGUCCGAAGUAUAUUCCUAAUAGGAGCUCAUAUCGUCGUAUUUUGAAAAUAAUUUUGGAAUAUCGGUUGUUUUUUGUUAUAAUUGAAAUCAUGAAAUGUUAUUAAACAAGCUACAUUAUACUAAUAAUGAGAAUAUUUUGUUACAGCUAGUGGUAUACAUAAAAGUAUGUUUGGUUGAUGAGCUUUAAUAACUAAUUAGAUUGACGAGCUUGUGAAGUGGUGCAAUUUGAAGGUUAACAGUAAGGAGAAAAUUUGCGUUGCACUUGUCAAAGAGGUGUAAAUGGCUCUAAUUUGAUGUGAUAAAUGAAUCUUUUAUAUAUUUUGUUCCUUGCACGACAACUAUUUCUCUAUCUAUAAAUUGUCAUUUUGAAGUACUCUGAUGAUUCCUUUAAAUAUUAUAGGUGUACUGUGAUUAUGAAGUUGAGUUGGGUCACAGUUAGAGAUAAGAUUUCUAUAUGCAAGUAUGUGUGAGCUCUUAUUAGUUUUGAGUUUGAAUGACUUUCAUAUUAGUAACCGAGGUGGGUCUUGAUGGGACGUAGUAGGACGGAAUGGGCCCUAGCGGUACCGGGGUGAGGUCUAGUUUAGUCUCUUGGACGUGGAUGGAGCAUGUGUGAGGCCUGUUGGGCGUCUAGGAGCUUCAGUGAACCCAGAGUGGAUUUAAUGGGCAUGGGUGUGGAUCCGGAUGGAUGAUGUUAGGGGUAUAUGAUGACAGAAAGUUGCCGGUGAUGUGGGUUUUUCUUUUGUUUCUUAUUUAGUUACUAUUGGAAUAUGUAUAUAUCUACAUGCAAGUAUGUGUGACCUCUUAUUAGCUUUUAGUUUGAAGGACUUUCAGAUGAGCAUAGAUGUUAAUGAAAUAGAGUGAGUAAAAAUCCACUGGCGGUGAAAGUUGCAAAUUUUUCAAUGCCGUGAUAUGGAUAAAUAUCUUUGAGUUUUUCUUUUUUAAAGGGACACACCAUGCAUGUUUUCAUAUAAUAAUAUUUCAUUAUUUUUCAAA